AUGAACAAGGUCAACGUUCUGGAGUCGUUUACCCCAACCAGCGAAGGCGCUACCAGUCCCCGUUACCCUGUUGAGGCACCAAAUGCGAUUACACCGAGAGACGGAAUUCAAGCUGCGGUCACUUUUCACCCGGGCGUAGCUGGCCUUGCUCUCAACUACGCAGUCGCUCCCUCGGGACUGUUCACCACGAGCGGAGCAGCAGCUGGCGUAGCUGUUGCUGGAGCCUGGGGUCAAAAUGGCGGCUACGGUCCCUUGACUGCCCAGUACGGCCUAGGGGUUGACCAAUGGCUUGAAGCAAAAGUCGUUACUGCGGACGGCCAGCUAAGAGUGGCAAACAAUGUGUCUCAUCAAGAUCUUUUCUGGGCUAUCCGCGGGGGCGGAGGGGGGACUUUCGGCGUUGUGGUUGAGGCCACCUGGAAGGCACAUAUUGCCGUUCCAAUCACUGGCUACAACUGGUAUAUCAACUCGACAAUCACAGGAACAGAUGCGCUGGAUCCUGAGACUGGGAGAACGCCGCUCAGUGACGCGAUGCAGUAUCUGUUGGGGGAGUUGCCUGGUCUACAAAAACUAGGCGUCAGCGCUUUCAUUUACGUUGACAUCAGCCACGUCAGAUGCUACGCCGUCCACCCAGGAAAUGCCUCCGGAAUAUCCAAGGCGAAUGCAGCAUGGGGGCCGAUUCUCACCAAGAUGCAAUCGUUUCCCAACAUUGAGCCUUUCCAAACAAAACCGUAUAAUUUCGACGAUUACAAAGACUUUUUCGUUACAACUUAUGGACCUCUGGCUGAGACGACGACAAACAAACAACCAAGAAACCACGGGAUUUUCCCAUACGAUAGCCGCCUUAUGGCUCCCGAGCAUCUUCGCGAUCCUGGAAUUAUGGAUGCAUUGGGAGGGGCUGAGGGGACAUAUGGAUUGCUUAUGACUGCACCGGGUCAAUCGCAAGGCUCCGGCGCUGACACCUCUGCAAAUCCGGGUUGGAGAAGAGCGGUUGUUCACCUUGUUGCCUCUCCAAACGCCGACGGACUUCGUAAACUUGCCCCAGACAUGGGCGCAUACAUAAAUGAGGUAUGUUGGAUCUUUGACUUUUUGAAGCAGCGAUGA